AUGAAGACUCAACACAUCGCCCUCCCGGGUCUCCAAGCUGUAGCGGCCUCCUUUUUUGCUGCCACCGCCGAGGCAAAGGUCUAUUGCACCGACAACGAAAGCAAAGUUGUCGCCGAAGCCAACUGCGAUGGAACCCACCCAGCAAACACCUUCUUUCUCACCAUGCACGAGGGUCAAGACCUCCAAAUCGGCGACAUCGUUGCCGAGGACAAGGUCGAUUCGUCCGACCCUGCAGCUCGCCAUGACGAGGGGUACCCCGAGUCUGGCCUCGUUCAAGGCGGGUUUGGACGCAGGUCUCCUCAGCGCACCUGUGAUCCGUCAAAGGGGCACUGUGUUGUCGGCGGUGUUGGCAAGGGCUUCAAGGGCUUCGGGGGCGAAGGCGGAAACGGUGGCUAA